AUGUCCUCAGUCAGUGAAGUGAAUGUUGACAUCAAAGAUUUCCUAAUGAGCAUUAAUUUGGAGCAGUACCUCUUACGCUUCCGCGAAUUUGGUUUUAAUAAUGUAAGGGACUGUGCAGAAAUAAAUGACAGUGUGCUCCUCAAAGUUGGAAUAUCACCUACAGGACACCGGAGGAGGAUACUUAAACAGUUACAGAUAAUCCUGUCAAAAAUGCAAGAUAUCUCAAUAUAUGCAAAUGUUCAUAAAACAAAGAAGAAUCAUGAGACUUCAGAGGAUCACCAUGCUCCAUCUUCUGCUCAGAAUACCUGCCUAGAACUUUCAGAUUCACACAGUGUUCAGACACCCAGCCCAACGCAGUUGGAGACUGUUACAGAAAGUCUUGAUCAAAAUGAAGUUAGUGUGGAAAAUAGCCAGUCUGUUAAAUCAGAUAAUAAGCUGACUCUUCCUACAUACAACUUUCCCAUUCCGGAAGAAGAACCACACCUGAAUUCAGAUUCUUUUCAAGAUUCUUUAUUUGGUAGUGAAAUUACUGAUGUAGAAUCUUUGACUGCACAAAAGACUGUCGACUGUACAACCGAAGAAGAACAAACAAAAAAAGUUGAUUUGAUCUCAGAAAAUGUGAGCAAGCUUCCUAGUGCAGACCCUGAAUUCCUUUCUUCCCCUGACUGUUCAGUAUCAGAAGCAAAUUCUGGAAAUGGAACUCAUGGUUUAUUAGAAAGCUCACCACCAUCCCCAUUCUUUCAAUUUCAAGGAGAAAUGGUUGUAAAUGAUUUGUAUGUUCCGUCUUCGCCAGUCCUAACACCUAUGAGAAGUCGUAGCAAGUUGGUUUCAAGACCAUCUCGAUCUUUUCUGCUAAGACAUCGGCCUGUACCAGAGAUUCCAGGGUCAGCAAAAGGAAUUUCAGGGAGCUAUUUCCGUGAGAGAAGAAAUGUUCCUACCUCAACUGGAAAAUCUAUGACACAGCAAAAUACGAAUGAGGAGAAUUCAUCUUCCAUUUUCCCUUAUGGAGAGACCUUUCUCUUCCAGAGACUAGAAAAUUCCAAGAAGAGACCCAUAAAGAAUGAAUUUUGGACCCAGGAAGAAACACUCAAAGGGGAAACAACUACUGAAAGAAACUCAUUUUUUGUCAAAUCAAGCAUAUAUGAUAACAGGAUGGAGAAUGUAAGUGAAGACAAAGUAGAAGAUAUUUGGAUACCUCGAGAGGACAAAAACAAUCUUCCUAUAGACUCUGCUUCGGAAUCAGAAUAUUCAACAGUAGAAGAAUGCUUUCAGAGUUUAAGAAGAAAACAUUCAAAGCCAUAUAAAUCUAAGACUCAAAAAGCAGCGAAUUUCAUCCCUGUUAAUAGGCACAGUUAUCCACUAAGCUCAACAAGUGGAAAGGCUGAUUCAUCAAUCAUUUCCUCAAAUGUAAUAUCUCCCUAUGCCUGUUUUUAUGGAUCAUCUGCAAGAAAGGUUAAAUCGGGAUGGCUUGACAAACUCUGUCCCCAAGGAAAACGCAUGUUUCAGAAGAGAUGGGUGAAAUUUGAUGGCCUUAGCAUUUCUUAUUACAAUAACGAUAAGGAGAAGUAUUCAAAAGGAAUAAUUCCCCUUUCUGCUAUAUCUACGGUACGAGUUCAAGGAGACAACAAAUUUGAAGUUGUUACAACACAAAGAACUUUUGUUUUUAGAGUAGAAAAAGAAGAGGAGAGAAAUGACUGGAUCAGUGUCCUGUUAAAUGCACUGAAGUUACAGGCCCUUUCCUCACAGUCUCAAGGAGCUGUUGCACCUGAGAAAUGUGGAUAUCUUGAACUGAGAGGCUAUAAAGCUAAAAUUUUUACUGUGUUAAGUGGAAACAGUGUGUGGCUUUGCAAAAAUGAACAGGAUUUUAAGAGUGGACUUGGUAUUACCAUAAUUCCUAUGAAUGUAGCAAAUGUAAAGCAAGUGGACCGAACUGUGAAACAGUCUUUUGAAAUAAUCACUCCUUAUAGGAGUUUUAGCUUUACAGCAGAGUCUGAAAAAGAGAAACAAGAGUGGAUUGAAGCUGUGCAGCAAUCGAUAGCAGAAACUCUCUCUGAUUAUGAAGUAGCUGAGAAGAUUUGGUUCAAUGAGUCCAACAGGAGCUGUGCAGAUUGUAAAGCCCCAAAUCCUGACUGGGCAUCCAUCAAUCUCUGUGUUGUCAUCUGUAAGAAGUGUGCAGGGCAACAUAGAUCUUUAGGACCAAAAGAUUCCAAGGUUAGAAGUCUGAAAAUGGAUGCCAGCAUUUGGAGCAAUGAACUCAUUGAGCUUUUUAUUGUCAUUGGAAACAAAAGAGCUAACGACUUUUGGGCUGGUAGUCUUCAAAAAGAUGAAGAAUUACACGUGGACUCUCCAGUAGAAAAGAGAAAAUACUUUAUCACUCAGAAAUACAAAGAAGGAAGAUUCAGAAAAACCCUUUGGGCAUCUCUUACCAAGGAAGAAUUAAAUAAGGCUCUGUGUGCUGCUGUGGUGAAACCAGAUGUUCUGGAAACAAUGGCUUUGCUGUUCAGUGGAGCAGAUGUCAUGUGUGCAACAGGCGACCCUGAGCAUAGCACCCCCUAUCUGCUGGCCAAGAAGGCGGGGCAGAGUCUGCAAAUGGAAUUUCUCUACCAUAACAAAUUCUCAGAUUUCCCUCAACAUGACAUACAUUCUGAAGGUGGAUUAAGUCAAGAGUCCUCCCAGUCCACGUUCCUCUGUGACUUUUUGUAUCAGGCUCCUGCUGCAGCUUCUAAACUCUCUUCAGAAAAAAAACUGCUUGAAGAGACAAAUAAAAAGUGGUGUGUUCUGGAAGGAGGCUUCUUGAGUUACUAUGAAAAUGAUAAGUCUACCACACCUAAUGGCACCAUUAAUAUCAAUGAAGUUAUCUGCCUGGCUGUACACAAAGAAGACUUCUGUUUAAAUACUGGGCCCAUCUUUACCUUCGAGAUCUAUUUACCCUCAGAACGUGCAUUUUUAUUUGGAGCUGAAACAUCUCAAGCUCAAAGAAAAUGGACAGAAGCAAUAGCCAAGCAUUUUGUUCCCUUUGUUGCUGAAAACUUAACAGAAGCUGACUAUGAUUUGAUUGGUCAACUCUACUACAAAGACUGCCAUGCCCUGGAUCAGUGGAGAAAAGGCUGGUUUGCUCUGGACAAAUCUAUUUUGUGUUUUUGCCUUCAAAUGCAAGGUCAGGAGGAUAGAAUGCACUUAAGAAGACUGCAAGAACUAACAAUUAACACAGUACUUCAAAAUGGGGAAAAAUUGGAUGUCUUGCUCUUGGUAGAAAAAGGGAGAACAUUAUACAUCCAUGGGCAUACCAAGUUAGAUUUCACAGUCUGGCAUACUGCAAUUGAAAAAGCAGCAGGUACAGAUGGGAAUGCAUUACAAGAUCAGCAGCUCAGCAAAAAUGACGUUCCCAUUAUCGUGAACAGCUGUAUAGCAUUUGUUACACAGUAUGGUUUAGGGUGCAAAUAUAUCUAUCAAAAGAAUGGUGAUCCUUUACAUGUAAGUGAACUCCUGGAGAGUUUCAAAAAGGAUGCAAGAAGCUUUAAAUUGAGGGCUGGAAAACAUCAGCUUGAAGAUGUGACGGGCGUAUUGAAGAGUUUUCUCUCUGACAUUGACGACGCACUUCUUACUAAGGAGCUCUAUCCAUAUUGGAUCUCCACCUUAGAUACCCAAGAUGACAAGGAAAGAAUUAAAAAAUAUGGAGCAUUUAUACGUACUCUUCCUGGGGUCAACCGAGCAACAUUGGCAGCUAUAAUUGAACACCUUUAUAGGGUUCAGAAAUGCUCAGAAAUCAAUCACAUGAACGCCCACAAUUUGGCUUUGGUUUUUUCCUCCUGUUUGUUUCAAACUAAGGGACAAACUAGUGAAGAAGUGAAUGUAAUUGAGGACUUAAUUAAUAAUUAUGUUGAAAUAUUUGAGGUUAAAGAAGACCAAGUCAAACAAAUGGACAUAGAAAAUAGCUUUAUUACCAAGUGGAAAGACACUCAAGUUUCCCAGGCUGGAGAUUUGUUAAUUGAAGUGUAUGUAGAAAGGAAGGAACCUGACUGCAGUAUUAUAAUUCGGAUAUCUCCCAUGAUGGAAGCAGAAGAAUUAACUAAUGACAUAUUAGCAAUAAAAAAUAUAAUUCCUACAAAAGAUGAUAUCUGGGCCACAUUUGAAGUCAUAGACAAUGAAGAACUUGAGCGCCCUCUUCACUACACAGAAAAUGUGUUGGAACAGGUGCUUCGGUGGAGUUCAUUAGCUGAACCUGGAUCUGCUUAUCUUGUGGUGAAGAGAUUCUUAACCAUUGACACAGUUAAACACUAUAAUGAGAGGAAGGCCCUGGAAAGUAUCAAAGAGGGAGUCUUGAAAAUCAAAGAAGAACCAUCUAAAAUACUCUCUGGAAAUAAGUUUCAAGACCGGUAUUUUGUUUUACGAGAUGGGUAUCUCUUUCUUUACAAGGAUAUGAAGAGUAGUAAACCUGACAAAAUGUUUUCUCUCAGUUCAAUGAAGUUUUAUCUUGGAGUAAAAAAGAAGAUGAAGCCUCCAACAAGUUGGGGAUUGACGGCAUAUUCUGAAAAACAUCUCUGGCACCUGUGUUGUGAUAGCUCACAAACUCAGAUGGAGUGGAUGGCCAAUAUCUUUAUCGCCCAGCAUGAAAGUGAUAUAUGGCCACCAGCUGGAAAGGAACGAAAACGUUCUAUAACCAAAACUCCCAAAAUUGGAGGUUUGCCUCUAAUUCCCAUCCAGCAUGAGAACAAUGCAACUCAAGCCUGGAGAGAUAUUGAGAGUGCAAAAGCAGAACUCAAAAGGCUACGGCUCAGUGCAAAGCAUGACCAAGAGCAUGGGGAUGGCACCUUAAAGGAGAGAGCCUCCAUCGUGGCCCAGUGCCUGGAGCACAAGGAUGAGAAACUUCGAAAUCGAACCAGAAAACAUUGGAGUUUCAACUGUCUGGAGGACACAGAAGCUGAGGUCCUUCAAGGGCAAGAGAAAGGCCAUAAAGGCCUAAAGACAUUGAGGAAGACUGAGGACAGGAAUGGCAAAGCUACUUUAGAGUCUAAUAAUAAGUUACCGCCAAAAGUCAUCGAAGAGCUUAGUGUGGUUCUACAGCGGUCAAGAACCCUUCCAAAAGAGUUACAGGCUGAGUAG